CGGCCCCUAUUGCAUCAUCACUCCGCGCCGAAUAGUGGGCGGGCGUCAUGGUGCAUCUCGGGAGCCGCCUCCUGAAAGGCUACCGCGGCGGGCACGUCGUGAUCCGUUUCGCCCUCGGAGGCUGCGCCAACCGUCCUUUUUUCCGCAUCGUGGCAGCGCACAGCAAGCGCGCCCGCGACGGGAAGUACCUGGAGCAGCUCGGCUGCCUCGACCCACUGCCCAACGUCCACGGCGAGAGGGUGGCGGGGCUCAACCUGGAGCGGCUGCGCUACUGGCUGGGCUGCGGCGCGCAGCUCUCCCGGCCCGCCGAGAAACUCCUGGGUCUGGCGGGGUUCCUGCCGCUCCAUCCCAUGACGGUGACCGGCGCCGAGAGGCUGCGCCAGAGACGACAGCGAGAACAGCAGGUGGGCAUUGCUCCUGCCGACAGGACCGGCGCCGGGCCCUAAGAGACGUGCCGGCCGAGAGGCCCGGCCCUGGCCUGAGGAAGCAUCCUGCCCUGUUAGUGUAUCUGACCACAUUAAAGUGUCAUCUGCACUCUCUA